AUGGGAAUCAGAAAUUUUAUUUCAUGGUUUCGUGAUUAUAUACAUAAUUACAAUCUGUUUAUACCAGACGAAGAUCACUAUGAGGAUGACAAUGAUCAGCCAAUAGAUCCAGCAAUACGUGGCAAGCAACAGAAACAUUCUACAUGGCUCUACGUUUUCCUUGUCAUUAUUUCUCUUUACGUAUUGUUCUUCAUCGCAUUGUUAAGUCCAAUAAGUCGUAUCGUUACCAUUUCAAAUCUAACUCCAUUGCUCUAUGAUCAACUUCAUCAUGAACAUGAUGGAACACACUCAUAUCCAUGUUCAAGUAUUACCAUACCUUAUAGUACCUUCGUUACUAAUAUGGUCUCAUUUCAUCCUGUAUGUUCGAGCGGUUUUGUUAGUAGAGAAUGGAUUGAAGCAUUUUAUCUACCAGUGGCAAAUGCAUACUUGUUGAAUGAUUUUCGGACAACGGCAUUUUCGCAGUUCGAAUUGUUAGCUGCUCUUUGUUCAAUCUCGGAAGAUGCAGUUUCAAAAGCACUAUUAGAUAUUCAAAAUAGUCAGCUUGUUACAGUUAAACUUCUCGAAGAAGAAGAUAUUCAAUUGCAAGUAAAAGCCAUGGUUGAACUUGUUCAAGCAACAGCACAUGCUCAAGUUACUUCAUUGCUACAACUUGUCCAAAUGAUGUAUCGUUCCAAUACUCUCGUGUCUGCUUUUUGGACGAAUGCAGUUGUUCAAAUAAGCUCUUAUGCAGCAUCGAUCUCUUCUACGUAUCAAGUGAACCCAAACAAUACUUAUAGUCUCGGAUCAAGCGCUUUAAGUUGCACUGAAACGAACAUGGUAACUCCAGCUGUUUUCUAUGCUCAACCGUUAGAUACGGACGUAGUUGAUCAUGUAUAUUGGCCUAUUUCCAUUGGUGCCACUGGUUAUUCACUUAUUUCUGCAGACGUUGACGGAUUCUUCGGAGGAUGUUUUCCUCUGGAUGCUGUUCUUGCGAGUACACUUGACUGUUUGUACAAUGUUCAAUGUCUAGAAAUUUUAUUCAAUUAUUUUCCAGCUCUUAAUCAAUCAAAAGUCAAAUUGAUUGAUCUACCCCUAUCUUCUAGUCGACGAAAUAUUUCUGUAAACGAUCUUGUCUCUGAUUUGUUUAUUGAACAAUGGUCAACUGAAAUCAGCUACACAAACUACUUUAAUCAAUGUGCUCCUUUAGUGCGUUCAGUUCUUUGUCUUCUUCGAUUUACUUCACUUACGAGUCAGACAGUUACAAACAUUGAACAAAAUCCAUCAUUAACUAAUUACAAACAAUUACAAAGCCUAUAUCCAGAUACACUUACAUGCCCUUGUGCAAAUACUACAAUGCCUUAUAAGACAUUUGUUACAUUAUCUCCCAUUUUUCAUCAAGUAUGCUCAAGUGAUUUAAUUAGCGCAUCAUGGAUUUCACUACUAGCGAAUAGCGCUUCAGCGGAUGUAAUCAGUGGCACAUGGAUUAGUAAAGCAGCUCAAUACUUUGGAUUACUGUCCACUAUUUGUCAACAAGCUAAGUUGACAGCUGCUGAUAAUAUUCAUGAUUUUUUCGCACGCACUUUUGUUACUUCCAUUGUGCUUAUCGAAACCGACUUCAACAUUCAAGUAAAUGCAACUGUCAAGCAACUGACCGAAUCAGUUGUGAUCAAUUUUAACCUUUUCAAUAUUAUGACACGUCUUUUCAUUCAGGCUGAUCAGCCAAUAAUAGUAUCACCGAAUUCCCAAGUCGCACUUAAUUAUAUAAAUACUACAGCCGGUACUAAUAAUCCACAAGCACUACAAUUUAAAUUUCGUUUCAAUACUAUUUCGGUUUCGAACAGCCCAAUAUGUCAAUGUGCUGUUGAUCCCAAAUGUCAAGGACCAAUCACUUUCGCAAUUGAUCAUAUAACUAAUAUUAUAGGAUUACCUGGUUCUCGUCCAACAUAUGUCGCCACUAAUUAUGUGGCACCUGGAUUGGUUAACGGAUGUUAUACUAUUGAUUUACUCCUUCUAUCAACCCUUCAAUGUUUCUAUACAAAUUCCGAUUGUAUGAACCAACUUUUCUAUUAUAUAAACAAAACAUAUCCGGCGUCUGCAAACAAUCCAAAUUUAUAUGCACAUGCAUUAAUCUAUAACCAAUCAUCAACUCGAUUUCCUCCAGAUACUUCAGUUUCAUCGAUAGUUGAAGAAAUGAUGAUUGAACAAUGGAAUACAGCAUUGUCAUUUUCUGAUUAUUAUGAAGCAUGUGCACCAACUUAUUGUACUUAUACUCAAAUAAAACAUACAACAAGUUUCACCGAAUUAUUAGUGACACUGAUUUCUACGGUGGGUGGUCUUGUUAUGGCAUUACGACUAAUUACAUUCCAAUUCGUCAAGAUUGUUUUUAGUUUAUUACGAACAAAAACGAAUCAAGGUCAACAAGUUCGUCGAAAAUUACUUGAUCGAUUCAAGAUGUUGUUGUCUAAACUGAAAACAUUUUUAUCUAUAAAAGUGUUGAAUUUAAAUAUAUUUCCUGCACGAAUAUUCGGAAGUAAGAUCGAUCGAAUAACGAUGAAACAUCUUGGUCAAUGGUCAACUCGUCUUUAUCUUACUCUUUUAAGCAUCAUUUUUGUCAUUUUAACUCUUUAUACAAUUAUUCAACCACAAACAUUGACCAAAUCCUGUUCAACACCAUCAUUAAAUUUUGAUAAGAAUCUAAUGAAUGAUUAUAGUGAUGAACUUGAAUAUCCAUGUUCAGUGAUUUCAUCUCCAUAUGAUGAAUAUGUUCAAAUUCAACCAAUAUUUCAUCAGAUUUGUUCAAGUGAUUUGAUUUCAAAUGAAUGGAGAUUAAAUAUUACAGCAAAUUUAAUUUCUAAUUUGUCUGCUUAUAAUCAAAGAGAUUAUCGUCUAUUUCUCUCGACUCAUUUACAAUUUUUAAAUGGAUUAUGCCAACUCUCCAUGCAAAUAGUAAAUCAAUCUAUUCAACAAUCUUUAUCUUCACUAUUGAUUACUAAACAAUUAUUAUCAGAAGAGAAUUUUAAUUUACAUAUUAAUUCAAUGAUCAAUGAAACAAAAUCCAAUGCUCCUUCAACAUUCAUUCGUCUACUUUCGCUACUUCGAGCUACAAAUCAUGGAAAUGCAAUUGUCUCAUCGUAUGGAACUAAUUACCAAUACAAAGCUUCUGUUUAUAAUACAUUUUCGACCACUUUAUAUACUCAAGCAAUGAUCUAUGAUGAUAACUGUUCAUGUCAAUUGAAUUCUACUUGUAUUGUCGAUGCUUCUUUUAUCAAGAUAAAUUCAACACAACCUAUAACAGUUAAAGGUUUGAAAAUGGGCUGUACACCGAGUGAAUCAUUGCUGGCAUCAACUCUCGAAUGUUUUUAUGAUCAAUCAUGUAUUAAUCUUAUUCAAACUAUGGCAGGAUACAAUAAAAAUAUUACUCCGAUUCCUCUCAACAUAACUAAUAGUCGAUUUCUAAUGAAUAUGACUGUGAUAAAUCUUAUCAGCGAUUUAUUUAUUGAAAAAUGGUCAACAAUAAUGAAUUAUUCAUCAUAUUUUAAUCGAUGUUCACCAAUGAUCUGUUCAUAUACAUAUAUACAACAACUAAAUUCUUUCUAUACACUAAUUUAUUUACUUGGUUUAUAUGGUGGUUUAACAAUCAUUCUUAAAUGGAUCUCUCCGAAAAUUGUUUAUUUUAUAAACAAAAUUUAUCAACGUCGAAAAAAAACAAUUAGUUCGAUUGAACCAAUAUCUACUAUUGAAGGUGCAGCUAUCUAA